CGCCCUUGCAAGGAGUUUGUCCUCGUCAAUUUUUUGAUUGAAAAAGGUUCUUGAUGGCAGAAGAGCAGGCUAACGUGUUUGCGACCAUUACGGAAAACCGUGCUGGUAUUGUUAUCACAUUCACAAACUCCGUCCAACGUGACUUGAGACUGGAAUGCAAUGUUGACGGAAGGUUACUACCGGAUCACGGGUUUCAUAUUGAACCUGACGAUACAAUUCGUUUGGAAUUCAGGACACUGGAAGGCAAUAUGCAAACUCAAUACGUAUAUCGGAAUGUCGCCAUUGCAGGUCAGCAGAUAUUGCGACAUUCUCCAUUUUUGAUCCCAGUUCCCGUAAGGGGAAGAUACGAUUACCAUUUAAUGAGAUUUAGUAUUCUUAUUAACGGCGUGGAAAUCAACGACUGCCCUUUCCAGCUGCGGCCACUUGGAGAACAAAACAGAAUACAAGGCGGCGAUCGCAAUUUCUCUAUUGGAAGUAAGUGUUUAUUUUGUAAAAUAUCACUUCUCCUAAAUUUACAAUAA